AGAUGGUGAGCAGCAUCAGAGUGGGGCGGAAUGUGAAUUAUAGGAUUCUGGAUAUUGACUGGUGUACAUCAGAUAAAGUGGUGCUGGCAUCAGAUGAUGGCUGCGUGAGAGUGCUGGAGAUGGCCAUGAAGUCUGCCAGUUAUAGAAUGGAUGAGCAGGACCUGACAGAUUCAGUAUGGUGUCCCUAUCUCCUAUUGCCACGUGCUGCUCUCACACUGAAGGCCUUCCUGAUACUGCAGCCAUGGUCCAAUACAUUCACCAUGGACAUUACUCAUGUAGACUACGCAGAAAAAAAUGAAAUCAAGGGACUGAUCCAGGAACAGCUCAACUCUCUUUCUAAUGACAUCAAAAGUGUUCUCCAGGAUCCAAAUCUGAACUUGCUACAACGCUGCAUCCUUGUGUCUCGGCUGUUUGGUGAUGAAUCAGACCUUCAGUUUUGGACCGUGGCUGCUCAUUACAUCCUGUCCUUUGCCCAGAGCUGCCAGCCCAGCGGAUCUGCCCAAGAAGGCCAAACACCAGCUGAGGGCCCCAAGAGCACCCCUUUCAGCCACCUGGACAUUUGCCACGACACCCUAUGUGAAAGCUCUUUCUUCCAGAGGUUUCAGCUGGAGCGUGUUCGUCUACAAGAAGUGAAACGAUCCAGCUAUGAACACACUAAAAAGUGUGCUGACCAGCUCCUGCUGCUGGGACAGACGGACCGUGCAGUGCAGUUGCUUUUGGAGACCAGCGCAGAUAACUCCAGCUACUACUGUGACUCUCUCAAAGCCUGUCUGGUUACAACCAUCACCUCAUCCGGCCCGUCUCAGAGCACCAUUAAACUGGUGGCCACAAACAUGAUUGCCAAUGGCAAACUGGCAGAGGGUGUGCAGUUGCUCUGCCUGAUCGACAAAGCAGCGGAUGCUUGUCGUUAUCUGCAGACGUAUGGAGAGUGGAACCGUGCUGCCUGGCUGGCAAAGGUGCGUCUGAACCCAGCAGAAAGUUCAGAUGUGCUGAAGCGCUGGGCAGAGCAUUUGUGUUCUCCUCAGGUAAAUCAGAAAUCAAAGGCCAUCCUGGUCCUGCUCUCAUUAGGAUGCUUUCACAAAGUGGGCGAGAUGCUUCACAGCAUGAGAUAUUUCGACCGUGCUGCACUCUUUAUUGAAGCCUGCUUGAAAUAUGGUGUGAUGGAGACAAAUGACGACAUUAAUAAGUUUAUAGGUGCGGCCUUUGUGGACUACGCUAAGAUGCUUCGCUCCAUCGGGCUGAAACAGGGUGCUGUGCUAUGGGCGUCUCGAGCUGGAGAGGCGGGAAAGGAGCUGCUGGAUGAGCUGUCACAAACAGAGGGUAUGGGGCUAGAGUCAAGCCCUAGUGAGGAGGAAGUGGAUAACUCUCUAGGGAAUAUAGAAUGACUUGCCCCAAGUACACCAUGGGGGAAAGGAGAGAAUGUGUAAAGAAAAACUUAAAUAAAGAAGAUGCAUGAUAUCUUCAAAACUCGCUCCCAUAAGCUGAUAGCAUGCAGGUAGUUGAGAAACACAAACAUCUUUUCAUUCAAAUUUUUUGUCUGGAUUCUUAGUUAUCUUUUAAAAUUCUCUGCUGGUUGUGAGAUGUGUUGUACCCCAAGACAUUCCCUUAGCACCUGUUAUCCUGCUGUAAUGUAUUCCAAACCUGUUCUUACACUUACUUUAUCAACUAAACAUUGUCAUAGUGAAUUAAAACAAUCUAAAAUAAUAAUGAUAAUAAUGAACAAAAAUACAUUUUGAAAAUCUGUAAAAUGAGUUUAUACGUGUUUGACAUGAAACAUGCUUAAAAUGUCAGAUUAGGGAAUAAUUUAAAGAUAUAAUUUCAAGAUAAAAAUAUAGAAAAGAAAUGGAUGAUGUGUUAAAGGAUGAAUCUCAUGAAACAUGUCCAGUUUCACCCCAAAAU